UCACUUGCCUGAUAUUUCCUGUGUCAGAGGGACACGGCCAACGUGUGGCCCCUUCCAGGCUGUCAGCCGCGCUCCAGCCACUGCCGCGAGCCGGUCUGCUCCUGCCCUGCCGGUGCGCUCCCCGCAGCCGCCCUCGCCCAGCCCCAGCGCCCGCGCCUGUCGUCACUGCCCGCGGGGAGGAGGAUGGAGAUGCUCUCUGCCGCCAGGGUCCCUGCGCUGCUGCUCUGCCUGGGUUUCCAUCUUCUACAGGCAGUCCUCAGUACAACUGUGAUUCCAUCAUGUAUCCCAGGAGAGUCCAGUGAUAACUGCACAGCUUUAGUUCAGACAGAAGACAAUCCACGUGUGGCUCAAGUGUCAAUAACAAAGUGUAACUCUGACAUGAAUGGCUACUGUUUGCAUGGACAGUGCAUCUACCUGGUGGACAUGAGUCAAAAUUACUGCAGGUGUGAAGUGGGUUAUACUGGUGUCCGAUGUGAACACUUCUAUUUAACCGUCCACCAACCUUUAAGCAAAGAAUAUGUGGCUUUGACCGUGAUUCUUAUUAUUUUGUUUCUUAUCAUAGUUGUCGGUUCCACAUAUUAUUUCUGCAGAUGGUACAGGAAUCGAAAAAGUAAAGAACCAAAGAAGGAAUAUGAGAGAGUUACCUCAGGGGAUCCAGAGUUGCCGCAAGUCUGAAUGGCGCUGUCAAACUUACGGAUAACAAGUUUGACAGGGAUAUGGCAGGGAUAACAGUGUGCCUGGUUAAUAUUAAUAUUCUCACUUUGUUAAUAAUAUUUAUGUUGGGUCAAGUGUUAGGUCAAUAACACUGUAUUUUAAUAUACUUGAAAAAUGUUUUUAUUUUUGUUCUAUUUUUGACAGACUAUUUGCUAAUGUAUAAUGUGCAGAAAAUAUUUAAUAUCAAAAGAUAAUUGAUAUUUAUAUAAAAGUAAUUUCCUGAGCUAAAUGCUUCAUUGAAAGCUUCAAAGUUCAUAUUCCUGGUGCACAGUGCUUAGAAGUAAGCAAUUCCCAGGUCAUAGCUCAAGAAUUGUUAGCAAAUGACAGAUUUCUGUAAGCCUACAUAUACAGUCAAAUCGAUUUAGUAAGUGUUUUUUUUUCUGCUCAAAUCAAUGAUAAUUGGUUUGACUGUACCAGGGUUUGAUAUGUUAGUUGGCACCAUGGUGUCGCAUAUUAAAACAGUAAUGCAAUUGGAAUUUGGGAAAAGCAAAUAUAGGUCCUGUGUUAAACACUACACAUUUGAAACAAGCUAACUCUGGGGACUCUAUGCUCUCUUCACUCAGGUCUCAGCUAUAACUGUUGUAUGAGGGGCAGUGGACUGUUCCCUAUGCCAAUUCACGACUCCUACAUGUACUAGUCACCCAUCUACCAGAUUCUGCCUGUGUAAAAUGAAUUGAACAACAAUUUUCUGUAAUAUUUUAUUUAAGUAGUGGGCAUUUCAUAGCUUCACAAUGGUCCUUUUUUUGUAUAUUAUAACAUUUAUGUGAGGUAAUUAUUGCUCAACAGACAAUUAGAAAAAAGUCCACACUUGAAGCCUAAAUUUGUGCUUCUUUUUAGGAUAUUUCUUUUUAUAGGUACUUUGCUGAAUUCUAACAUUAAAUCACAGUCCAAAAUUUGAUGGACUAAUUAUUAUUUUAAAAUAUAUGAAGACAAUAAUUCUACAUGUUGUCUUAAGACAUGUUGUCUUUUAUUCAAGAAAGUUUUAACUUUAAAACAGUUCAGUAAAUGGCUUCUUCUAGAAUGUAAAGUUAUGUAUUUAAAGUUGUAUCUUGACAUAGGAAAUGGGAAAAAACUUAAAAAUUGAUAUAGUGUAUUUUUCCAAAUGAAAAUCUCAAUUGAAAGCGUUUAAAAUGUAGAAACCUAAACACACCUUCCUGUGGAGGCUGAGGUGAAAACUCAGGGUCAUUUUUCUGACAUCUGUUUAUUUUUUGGAAGAGACAAAGAUUUCUUCUGCACUCUGAGCCCAUAGGUCUCAGUGAGUUAAUAGGAGUAUUUUUGGGCUAUUGCAUAAGGAGCCACUGCUGCCACCACCUUUGGAUUUUAUGGGAGGCUGCUUCAUUGAAUGCUAAACCUUUGAGUAGAGUCUCCCUGGAUCACAUACCAGGUCAGGGAGGAUCUGUUCUUCCUCCACUUUUAUCCUGGCAUGUGCUACGGCAAUGAAGACAUAAUAAGCCAUGGCUGACCUCUGGAGCACCAGAUGCCAGGACUUGUCUCCAUGUGUAUCCAUGCAUUAUAUACCCUUGUGCAAUCACACGACUAAAGUCAUCUAAAGUCCUGGCCCUGCCCUUACUAUUAGGAAAAUAAACAGACAAAAACAAGUAAAUACAUAUAUUCACAUACAUAUUGUAUGUAUAUUCAUAUACAAGCAUGUAUGUAGAUGUGACCUUAAUGGAUCAUAGAACUGCAGUCAUUUAUUGCUCUAUUAACCAUUUAUAUAAAACUUAAAAACAAGAGAAAAGAAAAAUCAAUUGAUCAAUUGAAAAAGAAAAAUCAAAAAUCAAUUGAAAGUUAUUUCUGUUUCCUGUUUAAUAUAGCUGAAGUCAAAGUAUGUAAGAACACAUUUUAAGUGCUCUACUUACAGUUGGCCCUCUGUGGUUAGUUCCACAUCUGUGGAUUCAACCAACGAAGGAUGGAAAAUACUUAAAAAAUAAUACAACAAAAAACCAAUACAUUAUAACAACUAUUUACUUUUUUUUAAAAUUUUUAUUUAUUUAUUAUUUGAUUUUUGAGAUGGAGUCUCGCUCUGUCACCCAGGCUGGAGUGCAGUGGCACAAUCUCGGCUCACUGCAACCUCCACCUCCUGGGUUCAAGCGAUCCUCCUGCCUCAGCCUCCUGAGUAGCUGAGUCUACAGGUGCACGCCACCACGCCCGGCUAAUUUUUGUAUUCUUAGUAGAGAUGGGGUUUCACCAUGUUGGCCAGGAUGGUCUCAAUCUCCUGACCUCAUGAUCCACCCACCACAGCCUCCCAAAGUGCUGGGAUUACAGGUGUGAGCCACCGCACAUAACAUUUACAUUAGGUAUUAUAAGUAAUGUAAAGAUGAUUUAAGUAUACAGGAGGAUGUGAAUAGGUUAUAUGCAAACACUAUGCCAUUUUGUAUAAGUGACUUGAACAUCUGUGCCCGAUUUUAGUAUGUGCAGGGGGGCGAUUUAGGAAUCAGUCCCCUGUGGAUACCAAGGUACAACUGUAUUUAUUAACACUUACUAGAUAUGAAGAGAGUCUGCCUAUUUUCAGUGAUCUUGGCUGUUUCAAAGAAAAUCUAUUGACUCUUCAUUAAAUCAGCUGCAAUCCAUUUAUUUCAUUUACAAAAGAUUUAUUGUAAGCAUCUCAAUCUUGGUUUGUCAGUUUAUCUUAAGUAUCUCAAUUCAUAAAAACAAGUCAUUUUUGUAUUUUUCAUCUUUAAGAAUGCUUAAAAAGGCUAAUCCCUAAAAUAGAUCUUUGUAAAUGCAUAUUAAAUAAUAAAGUGUGACCCACAUUACUUUCUAUGGGUGAAAAUAAGACAAAAAUAAUUGUUUUAGUGACGAUGGUGCUAAGUAAACAUAAAAACUGAUUGCUCUCAGCUCACGUGUCCUGUACACAGUGGAAAUAUUUUAGUUCACAUUUAAUCUAACUCCCCCAUUUUACAGAUUUCUCACUAUAUAUAUUUCUAGAAGGGGCUAUGCAUAUUCAGUGUAUUGAGAACCAAAGCAACCACAAAUGCAUAAAUGCAUAAUUCAUGGUCUUCAACCAAGGCCACAUAAUAACCCAGUCAAUCUACUCUUUAACCAGGAAUAUUAAGUUCUAUAACUGGUACUCAAGGUUUAACCUUAAAAUUGAGAUUUCCUUAACCUUAACCUUAAAAUUGACAUUUUAUUAAACAUACAUAAUACAGUGUAACUCCACUGUUCUCCUAAAUAUUUUUUGCUCUAAUCUCUCUGCCAAAAGUCAAAGCGAUGGGAGAAUUGGUAUACUGGUAUGACUAUGUCUUAAGUCAGAUUUUUAUUUAUGAGUCUUUGAGACUAAAUUCAAUCACCACCAGGUAUUAAAUCAACUUUUAUGCAGCAAAUAUAUGAUUCUAGUGUCUGACUUUUCUUAAAUUCAAUACUGCAAUUUUUAAAAACCUGUAUCUGACCCACUUUGUAAUUUUUGCUCCAAUAUCCAUUCUGUAAACUUUUGAAAAAAAAAGUUUUUAAUUCGAUGCUCAAUAUAUUCUGACUUUUAAAAAAUUCUUGUUCAUACGGGAGAAGGGGGAGUAACAACUUGUACAAACAGUAUUUCUGGUGUGUAUUUUAAUGUUUUAAAAAAGAAUAAUUUUAUUUAAAUAUCUGUUAUUCAAACUUAAUGAUGUUAAAUGUAAUAUAAUGUAUUUUCCUUUUAUUUUGCACUCUGUAAUUGCACUUUUUAAGUUUGAAGAGCCAUUUUGGUAUACAGUUUGUAUUAAAGAUGCUAUGUAACAUAAAGUUGUAUUGCAUGCAGUUUAAAGUAACUUAUUUGACAAUGAAUGUUAUCAGAGUACUGAAUUGUAUCAAUUUGUUUGUGUUCAAUAUCAGCUUUGAUAAUUGUGUACCUUAAGAUAUUGAAGGAGAAAAUAGAUAAUUUACAAAAUGUUAUUAAUUUUUAUUUAUUUUCUUGGGAACUGAAAACAAUUGAAAUAAAUAAAAAUGCAUUGAACAUCAUGCAUUCAAAAUC